GGAAUCCGAUCUUUGGAGUUCUGGAUUGGUGAAUGGAACCAUCAAUAGAUUAUUCCUUCUUCCUUUUAAUGAUCAGUUGCUCACUGAUGCUGGGAUUAGCCUGUAUAAAACGGUACGAAGGCAACUGGUAUGCCCUGCGAAAUAGUCGAGAGAGAGGAGUCAGAGAUCAAAUAAUUUGACUUUCUUGGGUCGUGACCCGUGAAGGGUUGGAGGAACACGCUUCCGUCGUCAAGGCAAGAAGAAGGAAUAGGGGGAAACAUUUCUUCUUCUUCUUCCUCCUCCUCUGUCAUCAAUUUCUAAUCCUUAAAAGGGCAACUGAGCUAAGGUGAUAAUCUACCCAUCAACCCAUCAACCCAUCAAUUCAAUCUUCAGUGUGGUUCUUGUUUCUCCUGCAAAUCGAAAUUCGAACAGAGAUGGGAGCGAAUUUCUCAAUGCGGCACAACCCUCCUACCGACGAUGGCUCAUCGCAGCCGUCUCGCGUUAUCUCAUUCCACUCCGCAGCUCGAUGGAAGGCUCACUUUGAUGCCUUCACUGCUUCAUCUAAACUGCUGGUGAUCGAUUUCUCGGCAUCGUGGUGUGGCCCCUGCAAAUUAAUCGAACCAGCCGUCGUUGACAUGGCCAACAAAUACACAGACGUCGAGUUCGUCAAGAUCGAUGUUGAUGAGUUGGUGGAUGUGGCACAGGAAUUUGCAGUUCAGGCGAUGCCAACCUUCAUUCUGAUUAAAGAAGGGAAGGAAGUGGACAAGGUUGUUGGUGCCAAAAAGGAUGAACUCGAGAAGAAGAUCCUCAAGCAUCUCCCUACUGCUCUCACCUCCACCAUAUGAUCAUCUUUCUCAUUUUCUGAAAAGGGUUUGGAUUUCCUUAAAUGUAUCAGGCUUAGAAUAAAGCUCUAAAUCGUUUCAUGGGUAGUAGAAUUGCUACUUUUUUGUUUAGUUUCUUAACUUUCAUAAUAGGGAUCUGGAUUCUGGAGGUCUCUUUGCUCAAAAUUAGAGCUUCACGUUUCCUUUAA